AUGCCAAUAGAUGAAGACUCAUUUCAGACCACAACUGACAGUAGUUCUUCAUUCUUUUCCGCUAAUUCUUCAUUUUGCGAUGACAACAUUGGUUUUUUAUUAAAGGAAAGAUUUAAGAACUCCAAAUUUUUAAACAUAUGCCACAUAAACGCACAAAGCAUUCCUGCACAUUAUACCGAUUUGAUUGACACGUUCUCCGAACCUGACGUCCACGCGUUACUAGUUUCUGAAUCAUGGUUGAAACCUACACUCUCUUCUAUCACAUAUGCAUUACCAGGUUUCACCUUGAUCAGAAAUGAUCGUACGGGGAAGGGUGGUGGAGGCGUUGCGAUUUAUCUACGUAGCUUUAUUUCCUAUAGAGUAAUAUCAUCGUCUCCAUCGGAUUAUCAUGGUACCGCUGAGCACCUGUUCAUAGAAGCAAACUUUAAGGGUAUUAAAAUGGUCAUUGGUGUAGUUUACUGUCCACCUCUAGUAGAUUAUUUCUCUGAUCUUGAUGCUGCCUUAGAUUUAAUAAGCUGUUCUUAUAAAUAUAUUAUCAUUAUGGGAGACCUUAACACCAACCUGAUGAAGGACUCAUUACAGACACGUAAAUUGAAAACUAUUUUAAACUCAAUGAAUCUCUUUAUUCUACCUUUACAGCCUACUCACCACAACAUAGAUACUGAGGAUUCUUGGUUGGACAUUGUCUGUACAUCCUCGACUGAUUAUGUCGUUGAGCAUGACCAGUUAUCAGCACCUGCUUUCUCACGUCAUGACCUUCUGCUUCUAUGUUACAAAAUUAAGCCACUUAAGUUAAAACCGACCAUUGCCUCCGUGCGUAAUUUUAGUCGUAUAGAUAUCACCUCACUACUCCGCGUUGCUGCGCGUAUAGACUGGAAGCCAAUACUAGAAACUUCGAUCAUCAAUAACAAAAUUUCUCUAUUUAAUGCCCAGAUAUUAGGACUAUUUAAUAAACAUGCUCCAUUACGUACUCUCAAGCUGCGACGUCCACCUGCACCGUGGAUAACAGAGGAUAUUCGGAAGGCAAUGGCGAAACGGAAUCGGGCUUUCCAAGUCUUUAAAAAAGAAAGAAGCGUAGUAAAUUUUCAGAUCUUCAAGCGUGCUAGAAACCGCUGUAAUCAGGUGGUAAGAGCAGCUAAACGCCGACAUAUUCAUAAAAACGUACUAAAUACUUCUUCGGCUAACAUAUGGAAAUUCCUGAACUCUCUUGGUUUUGGCAAAGCGACAGCCACCUUUAAUGUAAAAGUACCACUUGAUGACCUUAAUAUCCACUUCUCCUCUGCAAAGCCUCUUGAUACCUCUAUUAAAAUGUCCACCAUACAGGAAAUAAAUUCCAUGCCUUUGUCGACUACCAACUCUUUCACCUUUACUCCAGAAACCGACGAGAGCAUUCGCAAAACAAUUAUGUCUAUUAGAUCUAACGCUACAGGCCAUGACGAACAUUGCUCUCUCGUCUUAAUUUCUCUCCGUCGGUACUGGAGUGGUUCUCUUCAUAUCUUCGCGGACGCCAACAAGCAAUUCGUGCUGGGCAAGAUCUCUCUGGCUGGAGUGAUCUAA